GUGACUCUCCUUCCCCUUGUAUAUAUAGUCCUUAUCUUAGAUUUAAGAUUUGUAAACCAAUUUGUAUUUCCAUUACAUUGUUGUGCUUAUAGAAAUGGGUCUUCUACAUAUUAUUAUAGCAUUUUUGUCCAUUUCUUCUGUUACUAUUUUCAUGCCAGACUUGGUUUCUGCUCAACUCAAGACCAAUUAUUAUGCCAAAACCUGUCCUAAUGUUGAAACCAUUGUGCGUAAUGUCGUUAAACAGAAAAUCCAACAAACGCUUGUCACAAUCCCUGCAGUUCUUCGUAUCUUCUUCCAUGAUUGCUUUGUUGAGGGCUGUGAUGGUUCAGUCAUAAUAGCAUCAACACAAGGGAACACAGCAGAGAAAGAUCAUCCAGAUAAUCUUUCAUUGGCUGGAGAUGGAUUUGACACUGUUAUUAAAGCAAAAGCCGCCGUUGAUGCGAUCCCAAGUUGUAAAAAUAAAGUUUCUUGUGCUGACAUUCUUGCCAUAGCCACUCGAGAUGUCGUUCAACUUUCUGGCGGACCAGGGUAUCAAGUGGAAUUGGGAAGGCUAGAUGGGUUGACAUCAAAAUCUUCAAACGUGGAAGGCAAUCUGCCUAAGCCUACUUUCAAUUUGAAUCAACUCAAUGCGAUGUUUGCUUCUCAUGGUCUAAAUCAAGCCGACAUGAUCGCCCUCUCUGCUGCUCAUACUCUUGGAUUUUCGCAUUGCAACAAAGUCUCCAACCGAAUUUACAACUUUAGCCCUAAAAAUCCAGUGGACCCAACCCUAAACAAGACAUAUGCAAUCCAAUUACAACAAAUGUGUCCAAAGAAUGUGGACCCAAGGGUAGCCAUCAACAUGGACCCAAUCACGCGUAGGGCCUUUGACAAUGUCUACUUCCAAAACUUGCAAAAAGGAAUGGGCCUAUUCACGUCCGAUCAAGUAUUAUUCACGGACCAACGGUCCAAGGGUACUGUUGAUUCUUGGGCCAGCAACUCUAAGGCUUUCCAAACCGCAUUCGUGAAUGCGAUGACUAAAUUGGGUCGGGUUGGUGUGAAGACGGGUAAGAAUGGAAAUAUUCGUAGAGACUGUGGAGCGUUUAAUUGAGAACUAGAAAAUCAAUAAUUUUAUUUGAAGUUUGCAUGGCUAGUGAACGACAAGAAAAGACUGUGAACCAGAAUUUUGUUGUUUUAAUAAAAAAAAUGGGACCAAGUUCCUUAAUCAUUCCAUA